AUGAGAAUAAUAUUAGCAGUAUUACUUGCAAUCUUUGUUGCAAUUGCAACAUCGAAAAGAAUAUCACCAUUCUUUGAAAACAACUUAAAGUUUGAUCAUGUACCAUCACAUGUUUUAAAUAAUUAUGAUUCAGAAUCAGAUGCAGGAGAACCAUUAAUUCUAAGUGAUUAUUUGGAUACACCAGAACUUGCUAGAAGAAAGUCAUGUGUUGAUAUCAAUAUGGCACCUUUUGGUCGUUGUUCAAUGUUGGAUAAUGUCAAUGAUCCAAUCAACGAUGUCACUCCAUUCACCUAUUCAGGUUAUUUCACCGUCAAUCAAACCUAUGACCAAAACCUCUUUUACUGGUUCUUUGAAGCUCAAUCUGGUAAACAAAAUGCUCCCAUUUUAAUUUGGCUCCAAGGUGGACCUGGUGGAUCUAGUUUAUUUGGUUUGUUCUCUGAAAAUGGUCCAUUUGCCAUUUUAAAUAAUUUAACAAUGGUACCAAGAAAUAUUACAUGGAAUACUGAUUAUCAUAUGAUCUAUAUUGAUAACCCUGUUAAUACUGGUUUCAGUUACAGUAGUGAGGUUGCCGGUUGCUCAAGCAAUCAAGACCAAAUUGCUUACAAUCUUCAUCAAUUGUUAAUUCAAUUCUAUCAAGUAUUCCCACAAUAUGUUGAUAAUGAAUUAUAUAUUACAGGUGAAAGUUAUGCAGGUAAAUAUAUUCCAGCAUUUGCUUAUUACAUUUUACAACAAAAUCCAAAUCUAUCUGUAAAGAUUAAUUUGGCUGGUGUUGCCAUUGGUGAUGGUUUGUGUGAUCCAGUCACCCAAGUCACUCAAUAUGCCAACCUUGCCUAUUACACUGGUUUGGCUGAUAUCGUCCAACAAGAGACUAUGAUGAUGUACCAAGACAAGAUUGUUGAAGCUAUCAACCAACAAGAAUGGGGUAUUGCCAACGACCUCUUUACCGACCUCAUCAACGGUCCACCUGACUAUUUCCAAAAUAUUACUGGUGAACCUGACUACUAUGAUAUUCGUCGUACUGUCGAACCAAGUUAUGGAGGAAACUUUGAAUUAUUUGUAAAUCAAUCAUCUAUUCGUAAUUUGUUACAUGUUGGUAACCAUUACUUCCAAGAUAACAAUGAAGUGUAUUUGGCAUUACAAGAGGAUAUCCCCAAGUCUGUCAAACCAUUGAUCCCAACACUCAUCGAGAAUAUCAAGGUUAUGUUUUACAAUGGUCAAUUUGAUUUCAUCGUUGGUGUAUCCACUACCGAAACCUUUAUUCGUACUAUCCCGUGGUCGGGUAUAGGUUCGUUUAUCCAAACCGAUAGAGUCAUUUGGUACAUUCCAACCGAUACUAUCGAUGUUGCCGGUUACGUCAGACAUUACCAAAACUUAACUCAAGUUGUUGUUCGUGGUGCAGGCCACAUUGUGCCAUUUGACCAAAGCGCACGCGCAUACGAUAUGAUUACAAGAUUCAGCAGAUGUCAUUCUUUACAUAUGACUACUACAAAAGCUGGUCAACCCCAUAUGUCUCAGCUAAUUGAUUAA